AUGCUUUGUACAGAGUACUGCCCCUCCGGCUGGAAAUACUUCAGAGGCUCUUGCUAUUUUUUCUCACCAACUUCAAAGUCCUGGGAAGCCGCAAAAAGUUCCUGUGCUGAUUCAUCGGCGAACUUGGCCAACGUUGGAUCUAAGAAAGAAAAUGAUUUCAUCGCUGCUCACACAGAAAGUGACAACUGGAUUGGACUUAAAGAGAUUCAAGGAAACCAAAUGAACUGGACAAAAGAUCAAACCAAUUCUGAAUAUACUGCGUGGAAGGAAGGAGAACCUGUCUAUGAAGUCAACCGAACCGAAUGUGCCUGUCUCUCCCAUAGUUCUGGAAAUUGGUACACAGUUAGCUGUGACAAUGAAUUGGAUUUCGUUUGCGAAAAAGCUCUCACUCUUCAUGACGUCAGUCACUGGUCAUCAUCCACCUGGAAGUGUAUGUCUGAGCCAAAACUUGCUCGACUGCACGAGACGAGAAACUGCCAUGCUUCCUGGUGUGGAAGCGUGGGGGCCUGGCUUCAAAUAGACCUUGGUCGAGACCAUAACAUAGACGGGAUACAUACCCAAGGUGCUCGUGACAAUUACGGCUUUGUAAAGAAGUUUACGUUGAGUUACAGAACGAUGAGUGGAGAAUGGCAGAAGUUUGAAGAGGACGGAAACGUUAAGGAGUUUGUGGGAAAUGUUAAUGGCAACAGAGUGGUGAAGCAAACCUUUCUGCCGCCAUUCACAGCACAUUUCGUCAGGUUCUAUGCUACAGAAUGCAACACAGCGACUAGUUGUUGCAUGAGGGUGGAGAUUUAUAUAUCAGCCCGGUGUCCUUCUGGUUGGGAAUAUUUCCAAGGUUCCUGUUAUUGGUUUUCGAGCCAUUCAAAUUCACAGUCUCACGCAGUAAACACUUGUCACGGGCGAAAUGCCGAGUUACCCAAAGUGACCUCGGUAGAAGAGAACAACUUCCUAAAGAAAAGUGGACACAGUUGGUGGCUGGAUUUGCGACGAGAUGCCACGCACAAGAGCAUAUUUAGGUGGAGUGAUGGUUCCUUGCCGGACUUUACAAACUGGAAAUCGGGUGACCAUAAUGACAUUAUCAAGGAAUGUGUGGAACAAGAAGACACUGGAGAAUGGAACACUGUGCUCUGCGAUGCAAAUCGCAAAAUUGCUUGCAAAAAGGGUACCUGUGUUAUUGUUAUUAUUCUAUAA